AUGGAAGAAAAAUCCAGCACUGCGGUUUCAGUCCAGCCAUUUGGUUCAAGUUUUCAUUCACCCGCACUGUUACCUUCUAACACCAUUUUUUCUACCGCUUCAUCAUUAUCUACCACUCCUUCUUUAUCAACAAUAACGGAAAACAUACCACCUAUCACAUCACGUUCAAAAAUGUUGAAUUUAUGGGUUCAUGAUGAAAAAUUUUCAAAACAAGAUUUUAUUAUGAAUCCCGAUUGCUUUCCGGAUGCAAAACCCGGUCAAUUAUUAGAGAUUUAUCAUUCUACAGAAUCUUCUGAUAUCACAAAACAUUUAAUUGUUAAAGUCGGUGCGUUCGACAAAGAAUAUAUUGGUAAAGAGAAACCAAUUUUACAGGUUUCGCUUGCAAAUCAUAUUGCUCAUAUUUUUGGUUUUAAAACGAGAACAAAUGUUAUCGUUCGAGAGGUUGAUGUAGAAUCAGUUGCUGCUGAAUAUAUUGAAUUCUCAUUUCGUGAUCAAUAUAUUGGUAGAGGUGAUAUGUGGAGGUUAGCUCGUAGUCUUACUGGAACUUGCGUUUAUCUCGGCAAGAGAAUAGAGUUUGCUGGAUGUAUUCGUGCGCAAGUUAAAAAAAUUUUUGUUAAAAAACGACAGGUCUCAUGUGGAUAUAUAACAGGAGAGACAAAACCAAUAUUUCGAUCAGAAUCUGCUAAGUUGUUUAUUUUUGUUCAGAUGUCUCGAGAAAUGUGGGAAUUUGAUGAAGAUGGAGAAUUAUAUUUUGAAAAAGCAAUUGAAUUUUUCUCGGAGUUAUUUAAGUAUUGGAAACAGCUAGGAACAAAUCAUGUAAUCUCAAUAGUUUUGUUUUCAAGGAUAUUUUAUGAUUAUGAAUAUUUGGAAAAUGAUCCUAAAUUAAAGGCAGAAGGCUCUUUGAUUAAAGAUUAUGACGAUAGAUGGUGUAAAGAUUUUUACAAGGUCAUAGUGGACUGGGAAACACGAUCAGAUUGGAGUGGUGUUCUGAUGUCUUUAAAGAAUGAAUUGUUAAAUUAUCAACCUGCAGUAUUGAUGAGAAAAAAACAAUGUCAAGAUGGUUAUUAUAAUGUUCUAGCUGGAAAAAAUUCUUAUGCCUUUGAGGGCAACGUAUUUGAAGCCAUUAAUCUUGCAUUGAAUCCAUUUGAUAAACAUUAUGUAGAUCGAGAUUUAAUGCGUACGGGUUUAUCAAUUAUAAUAGUAACUCCAGGAUGUGGAAGAUUCGAGGUUGAAAAAAAACUUUUGAGAAUAACAACUGAACGAAUAGUUGAUAACGGGAUUGGAUUGGAUCUUGUAUGUUUAUCAAAAGCUCCACUUCAUGCUGUUCCAUUAUUCAAAUUUAAAUCUCAGGAAAUAUCCAAAGCCCCAUUACCUGAUUGGUUUGAUAAAAAGAUGCAUAAAUGGCAGCAGGCAAAAGAUAUGUAUUUGGAUUCGAGGGAUCCAUUAGACUUUGAUGAAAAUUCAAUGGAUGCUAAUUAUGUAUAUUAUCAAACUCCUGAUUGGGUAGAAUGUAAUUUUUAUUCAAGAUACCAAGAUAAACCUCUUAAACCUGGCAAGUUUGUUCCCAGAUGUAGGAUGUAUGAAAUACAGAUGAUGGGAAUCAUGGAACAUGAAAUAUCUUCAAUAUUAAUUCCUCAUUUAGCAGAUAAACAAUUGCCUUCAGAAGAUGGUGAAUUUGAUUAUGAUAAAUAUGAUGAUGAAAUUUUUACUGAUGUGCGAUCAAGGUCAAGACAAAUAGGUUUUCCAUAUGGAAAUAUGCAUCAACCUAAUGAUUUAUCGCAACCACGUAGAAGCAAUGAUGAUUUUACAAUUUAUUCAAAAAAUUAUUCAAGUGAGCUAACGAGAAGUUUGCCAAAAGGAUUAUUACCGUUUGGUUUGACAUCAUCUAUUCAUCCUGAACAAAAUCGACAAACUUCAACAAAUUUCAGAAGCCCAAGGCUUUCUGGAAGUAAUUUAAUUGAUUCAUCGAUUAUCAAUAGUAGAGAGCCUUUUAUGAGAUCUCAUUUGCAUGAAAGCUUUCAAGAAGGAAGUUUUCGAGGUGAUCAGCCCGAUGAAGACGAUGGUCCAGUGACGACUUCUAGCACUGUUGAAGCGAUACCCAUUAGGUCGACGGCUAGAUCA